AUGGAUGCUUCGGAAACCCUUCGUCGUGCUCUAGCCAGUGCAGAAGAGGCCCUAGGUCCUGACUAUCCACUUACCAUGGGCAUUCUCGGUAACAUUGGCAUGAUUUAUGCGCUUCAGAAUAACCUCGAUCGCUCCGUCCCUCGUGGUAUCCAGGCGUCCGAGGCCUUCCCUUGGCUGACGCGAUAUCUGACCUGGGUUGAGCACCGAAAGGGCAAAGAGAACCUAGAAACGCAGGCAACUCUUGAGAUGCUGGGGCAUAUGCACUUUGUUGCUCAAGAGUAUGAGCCUGCCCAGAAGUACUUCGAACGCCAUCUCUCCUCCUACCCCGCGGGACGAAUUCUCCCGCCAGCCAGCAAAUCGGCAAUCAAUUGCAACUCUGUCGGGCAAACACCAUGUUUACCAGCUAUCGUGGUCCUGGGUCGGGUCUGGGGGGAUUCUUGUCUUCGUUGA